AUGUUAAGGUUCGAAAUGUGGUUUACAAACAUUGUAGCCCUUGCACUUCUCGCAAUUGCUGUGUCUGCUGCAACUUCUGCAUCCACUGUACCCCCCGCAUCCACCAAACCCACUGCAACCUCUGCAUCCACCAAACCAACUGCAACCUCUGCAUCCACCAAACCAACUGCAACCUCUGCAUCCACCAAACCAACUGCAACCUCUGCAUCCACCAAACCAACUGCAACCUCUGCAUCCACCAAACCAACUGCAACCUCCGCAUCCACCAAACCAACUGCAACCUCCACAUCCACCAAACCAACUGUAUCCUCAGCAUCUACCAAGAAGGUCCUCAGUAACCACGUCACCAUCCUGGCUGACAACAGUGCCAACCUAGGCCUCACACUGUACCAGCACAUCGCUAAGACAAAGAAUGUGGAAAACAUCGCCAUCUCUCCCAUUGUGGUAGCUUCAUCGUUGGGUCUGGUGGCGUUAGGGGGUAAGGCGUCCACAGCAUCCCAGGUAAAGACAAUUCUAAAGGCAGGUAAAGUGAAAGAUGAGCAACUGCACUCCGGCUUAUCUGAACUGCUGAACGAGGUCAGCGACCCAAAAGUACGCAACGUCACCUGGAAGAUCAGCAACCGCCUCUACGGACCCAGCUCGGUCACCUUUGUGGACAACUUCAUUAAGAACAGUAAGAAGCACUACAACUAUGACCACUUCAAGAUCAGCUUUAAAGACAAGAAAAGUGCACUGAACUCUAUAAACGACUGGGCGGCAAAGUCGACAGAUGGAAAGCUCCUGGAGGUCACUAAAGAGGUGGAGAAGACAGACGGGGCGCUGAUUGUAAAUGCCAUGUUCUUCAAACCUCACUGGGAUCAGCAGUUUCAUCACAAGAUGGUGGAUAAUCGUGGCUUCAUGGUUCCUAAUGGCUACACUGUCUCUGUCCAGAUGAUGCAUCGCACAGGUCUAUACGGCUACUUUAAUGACGCCACAAACAAGUUGUCCAUCCUGAGCAUGCCCCUGUCCCAGAAGAAGUCUAGUAUGUUGUUCAUCAUGCCUCACCAUGUGGAGCCUCUGGACCGGCUGGAGAAGAUGCUGACCAUGAAGCAUCUGGACUCAUGGCUCGGCAAACUCAAGGAGACCGCAGUGGCUGUGUCUCUGCCCAAAGUCAACAUGGAAGUCAGUCACGACCUGCAGAAAAACCUGGAGGAGCUGGGCUUGACUGAAGCUGUAGACAAAUCCAAAGCGGACUUCUCCAACAUGUCUGGGAAGAAGGACCUGUACUUGUCCAGUGUAUUCCACGCCUCAGCUCUGGAGUGGGACACAGACGGAAAUGAGAUGGACACAUCCAUCUACGCUUCUGAAAAACUCAGGACCCCCAAACUCUUCUACGCUGACCAUCCUUUUAUCUUCUUAGUCAAAGACCAGAAAACUAAAACUAUUCUGUUCAUGGGCAGAAUGCUGAGGCCAAAGGGGGAGAAAAUGAGAGACGAGUUGUAA